AUGGUACAAUUACUGUAUAAAGCAUUAAGCUGCAUUGCCACUUUGACUUUCUGUCAUCUUACAUCUGCCUCUCCUAUCAGUCCUCCACCAUCACCGGCUGCUAUCUCUCUUCCGUUGAUCUCUCGCCAAAAGAGAGUCUAUGUACCUGAUGAUUAUGAUACUCGCAACUCUUCUAAGAGGUUCCGGGUUGAAGAUAAUAAAACCUGGAAAGGGGCACUCUACUACGACACAACCGAGUAUCUCAUUGAGGUUGGCAUUGGUACAAGUGAUCCACCUCAAAAGUUCUACUUUAUGCUGGACACGGGAAGCAAUGUUAUGUGGGUUUACGGCAAUGGCUGUCCUGAAGAGCAAUGUCGCCCCUCAAGGUUUAACCAAGAAAUCAGCUCCUCAUCUUACCAGUCUUCUUUAAAGCAGGUCUACUAUCUGUAUCUUGAUAAUUCCUUUAUUGUAGGCUAUAUGGGCACAGAUGUGAUUACAGUAGGAUCCAUCCAGAUCAAGAACCAAGAGUUCGUUUCGGUAGAUGAGGCUAUCGGGGUACUGCAUUAUGAUGAAAAUAAGGAUACCAAUAGCAUUGGCAUGUUUGGAUUAGGCUAUCCCAGCAACAUCGAUACCCGCAUCGUUGGUACAGAUACCAAAAUCGUAGAGCGUUUUUACGACACGCCUCUGAGCAACAUGAAGAAGCAAGGGCUUAUUUCCAAGGGCAUGUUCUCCAUGUAUCUAGGAUCCGAGACAAAACAUGGUGAUUCCAAUGGUCAUAUUCUCAUAGGUGAUUAUGAAAUGGAGCAUAUCAAAGAGCAGCCUGAAUUUGUUUCUACCAUGUUGGCAGCUUCUGGAUUGCCUGAAGAGUACGCGUUGUAUGUUGAAGGCUUUAGCCUUUUUAGAGAUGCUGCUAGUCAUCUCCAAGAUGAUCAUUUACUAAAUGUAACCCAAGCAGCGAGCCAGCCCUCCUCAAAUGCCACCAAUGCCAUCAAGGAAUGGAGUUUUGCUGACAAGAACAAAACUGCUCCCAACAUUGCUUUUGAUUUUGACACGGGUACAACAUACUCCUUCUUCUAUGCCAGCUAUACCAAGGAGAUGUUCAAACUAAUUACGGGUGCCACCAAAGAUCCAGUAGGGGAAGAUUGGGACAUUGAUUGUAGUUAUCUGCAGUCAGACAUCUAUCUACGCCUUCAAAUCUCGCAUAGCCAUGAGAAGCCCGACGCUGUGGCUGACCCUAACCCUCUUUAUCUGGAUAUCCCCAUCAGUGCUUUUGUUAAAAAGAAGGACACGUGUGGAUGUCAAUGGACACUUGGAGCAGAAGAAUCUGAAGCAGGUAACAUGAUGCUGGGUCAAGAUUUUCUGCGCUACUUUUAUCUGGUACAUGAUUUUGACCAUGGCAAGCUUGGUUUUGCUGUACCAAAGGAUCGUUCUUCCAGAGUUAGUCUUAAAACCAAUGCUUAA